GACCAGCCUAUAAAUAUUUGAAAGUGAAAUAUUGGGAGCAUAAUAUUUCAGGUGCAUUGCAUGAAUCUCCGACUCUUCUUCCCACACCCCCACCCCUACGCCGACGGCACCCCCUAUCCCAUCCCAUCCCAUCACAUAGAUCGGAUUAUUGUGUUCAUCAGGACAGAGAUUACUCCAAGAAUUCCAUAACACUCACCAUGGAUUACUCCAAGAAUUCCAUAACAAAUCUUGCAAUUAUCUCUCUAUUACUAGCAACUGUUAUUCUUCUCUGUUCUUGGAAUCCCUUGACGGACCAAAGUUUUUUUCCCUUCAAGAAACACUCACUUUCAGAACCAAAUUCUACGCUAGUGAAAGAUGAACUGGAAAUAGCUUUAAAGAAGGCUUCAAUGGGCGACAAGACUGUGAUUAUAUCCCUUGUUAAUAAAGCCUACGUAGAGCCACAUGCGGAUGAAUAUCCAACAAUGUUUGAUCUUUUUCUUGAGGGUUUUUGGGUUGGAGAAGAAACUAGGCCAUUGGUGGAUCAUUUGUUACUUGUCGCCAUGGAUCAGACAUCGUAUGAUCGCUGCAAAUUCCGGCGGUUGAACUGUUAUAAGCUGGUCGGUGGUGGCGGAAAUUUCACCGGAGAAAAGCUUUACAUGUCCGAUGAGUUCAUCAAGAUGAUGUGGAGAAGAACUCUUUUUCUUCUGGAAGUCCUUAAGCGUGGAUAUAAUUUCAUCUUCACGGACACGGAUAUAUUAUGGCUUAGGAAUCCAAUUUCAAGACUAAGAAAGAACGAAAACAGAGAUUUUCAAAUAAGCACGGAUUUGUUCAAUGGCAAUGCAUCCUCAGAAGAGAACCUAAUCAACACAGGUUUCUACUUCAUCAGAUCAAAGGACAAGACGAUAUCGUUAUUUGAAAAAUGGUACGGCAUGAGGGAUAACUCGACAGGCCUAAAAGAGCAAGAUGUUUUAGCAAACAUGGUAAGAGGAGGAGUGCUAAAUGAAUUAGGUCUUAAAACAACGUUUCUCAAUACCCUCUAUUUCAGUGGGUUCUGCAAAGAUAGCAGCGAUAUUACGGCAGUGGCCACCGUCCACGCCAACUGCUGCAGGAGUAUUGCCGCCAAGGUGGUGGAUCUGAAGGCGGUUUUGAGAGAUUGGAAGGGGUUCAAGAGCAAUGCAACUGCUAGUAAUUCUAGCACAAACAACUUUCAAUGGUCAAGCCAUGUUGCUUGUACGAAUUCAUGGAACAAGUGAGAAAUAGGAAAAUUAUAGCAUUUUUUCUCUAUAUAUUGAUAUACGUCCUUUAGUAGCCAUUUGUAAUUUUUUAAGAGAUAAGUGAAGGUUUAAAAGGAAGCAUCCAAGGCGGCAGACAUAAUGGCCAAAGGCCCUGAUCCAUAUGUAACUUAAGCAACAGGUUUUCCUCCAUUCUUACGGCUAUACGUUUAAAGCCAUUAAUACAGCCUAUUCUUGCAAGAAUAUAUGUAUUAUAUUUGAACCAGAUGAAAAUAGUUGGAAAUGAACGUUUGAACAUUCGACCU